CGCCAGUGCCGGUUGAUGACAGCCGGUCCGGACGCGCCGUGUGUUGAUCGCCCUGCCGCUCCACACCCGUCCAGUGGCCGUUCUGCGCAUCACGAGCCAGCUGCUUCAACAUGCGACAAACACAUCCCACCACGUACGAGCUGACCAGCUCGUCGACAGAUUCACGCACUGAUCCAGAACUGCAACGGCUGCUAGAAUCGACCUGGUCCGAACGGCAUGAUGCCGGCGUUGGCUUUCGCUACCGUCUGCACAUAGAACGUGAGCGUAUUGCGGAAGGAAAGUUCAACUUUCUCAUUCUGCUGAAUCGCAAACGGCUGACAGAGCGCCGGCAGCCGCAAGCAUUCCAGCUCGAUGCACCGUUCGAUCCGUCCCGGUUUAACUUUACCCGCGUCGAUCCGGCCGAGGUGCAGCUCGAGCUGGUCGCACCGUCGCCGACCACGAUGCUGAUUAACAACAGCCCGGUGACGGUGUACCACUCGCUAGUCGUGCCCGACCGGGCGGGCCAGCACUCGCAGCUGCUCACAUCGGGCGGUGUGCGCGUAGCGUUCGAGCUGCUGCUGCGCCUGCCCGACCGACGCUACCGGAUCGGUUACAACAGUCCCGGUGCGCAAGCGUCCGUCAACCAUCUGCAUCUGCAUCUGCUCCGGAUCGAUACGGCGCUCUACGUGCAGCGUGCGGAACUGCUUCCCGUGCGUGGCACUCCGCUGCUGCACCGGCUGGCGGAUCAUCUGCCGGCCCAGGGGUAUUGCUUCGUGCUGCGCGACCCAACCACGGAGCUGGAGCUCGUCUGCAGCGGGCUGAUGAAGCUGAUCCAGGCGCUAGCGGAACGGCAGAUGGCACACAAUCUCUUCUGGACCUGGACCGACCUGCACCGGGGUGGCGAGCUGCGGGCCCUUGUGUUUCCCCGCGUGACCCAGUGCGUCAACAAGGCGGCCUGCUCGUUCAAUGCCGCGUUUCUCGAGCUCUGCGGGUUCGUUUCCGUCGGUGAGGGGAACGAUUAUGACCGGCUAACGGAGGAAGCUAUCGUGCAGGCGCUGCGGGAAGCGCAGGGUGACGUGUACGGUAUGCUGGACGGCAUAUUUCCCGUCGCUAGUACCGAUUGAGCGUUUGGGUGGUUGAGAAAUUCAACCGUUGUUUUAAAUACAGGACUAGGAAUGUUGAAUGAUUUAAAGAAAACAAUAUUUUAAGAGAAAGAUAGUUAAGCAAACUCGAUUUAUUUGAGGUUAGUUAAAGGUUCAACCGUUGGUCACAAAGAAACGUGCCACUAGCGUUGUAAGUUACUCGUACAACCCCUAAUAGACAUGUCUGUGCUGGGAUGGUGUGAAAAUGGUACCCAAAAAUAGCACACUAAUCCUAGCGCAACGCAAAAAAAGGUAUGAAGGCAGUUUUUCAUGCGUAAAAAUGCGGCAAUAGAGAGAGAGAGAGACAGGGCAAAAAAACCCCGAAGUAAACAUUCCAAAAACUGUUUAGUCAAGGCGUGCGUACACUACACCGACAAAAGCAAACCCCUUACUUUAGCAGAGGAAACGACCUGCGUCCUGCCUUAAGCCGUUCUUUUGUUUUUGUUGUUCUUGUAUCUUCCAUUUCCCCCGCGGAAAAGCGGAAAAGAUGGCCAGUUGAGGGCGGCCCCUCCGAUGGUGGCGCAAUGUCUUACUCAUUCUUCGUGUUCGGCUUACGGUUAACCCUCGCAAAACAAAAAACAAACCAAAAAAAAACCCUCUUUUAGCAAUGGAAAGCUGCUCCGAGGGCGUUAUUUUUCUUUACACCUCAUCUCCCUCUAAACCUUCCCUCUCCCCCACACUGCCACCAAGCAAACAAGACGCUUGCGGCAAAACGAGGAUUAGAUUAAAGGGGAUGAUCGUUUCGCGAUUAGGCGAGAUAGGGACGAGAAAAGCAGCCGAACGCACGGCAUCCGUCCCUGCAACUAUUGGGAGCAGCGUGGGUGGUCGUUGCGUUGUGCCUGGCCUGGGUUGUGAUUUGCAUUUUCCGAUCAUUAAUCACGAGGAAUGAUGGGUCCUAUCCAUCCCCCCCCCCGGUUUCGUCUUCCACUUCAAACCGAAACCGCAGCACAACGCAGACGGCAAAAGCUUUGAGGAAGGAAAGUGAGAAUGCGGACCCAGCGAGCUUCUCCGUGGCUUUCUCCGGACCCGGGGGUAAAUAGGUAAUAGCUGUCAAAUUUUCUGUGUACAAUGUGACAGCCGCCCCAAAAAGCAGGGCGUCCGAUAAUGGUUGUGUGUUUGGGCCGGGCGGUGGAUGCUGGCUGAAACGUGAAACAAAAGAGCAGUGCGCUGGUCUUGAUUGGUCUUGUGUGCCUUUCCCGGUGGGGCGACGACUGGACGGCACGGGCGACGGGCAACAAGUCAGUGCUUUUUGGCAGACUCAAACAAAAAAAAAUGCUCUUACUUUGACAAGUGGCAAUAGCAUUGUUUUUUAGCGCAACAGGCAGUUGCGGUGGAGCGAGAAAAUGUUGCAAAGAGAUGAGUUUUUUUUUUGGUUGCUUUUUACAGUCGACACUCCAGCCGGCAAGGCCGUUGCGUGUCGCAUUCAUUCGCUUUCUUAUUGCGAAAGGGCGAAAGAUAAAUGGAAAUUCAGCUUCAACUUCAACCCUUUUUUUCGUCUGGCACUUGGGCUAGGUAGGGAGCUGUUGUGUUGUAUCGUCCGCACGUUCGGCUGCGGCUGCUGCAUCAACAGGCCAUCAAUUUCGUUUGCGAAAAAUCAUCCUCACCACUAACCACCAUUUGUAUCGUUCACAAUGGCCGGAUAUUUGUCACACAUCUGGGCCUGCCAGAAGCGGGCUCAAAUGGAUUGUUCGGCUUGGCAAUAUGAGGUGAAGGACAGAAGGGAGAAACAGAGGGAGAGAGAGAGCAAAUUAAAUGUUUUAAUGUGAUUUCCUGUUGUUGUUUUUUGUUGGCAACACACAUUAUGUCGCCUUUUGGGACCGUUUUCCGGUGACCCCCGCGCGUGACACAGUACGAACCAAUAAGAUGAUCCGGUUCGAAGGACCAAAUUGUGCUCCAUAAAUCUAGCGUGCUCGAUGCAAGUGAAAGACGCUGCUCGAAAGAAACGUUCGUUAGGUUAUAGCUUUUUCAUGUUUUGGAGUGCGUCAGGGGACCAACACGUCUCUGUGUGUGUGUGUGUGUGGUUAAUUUUUUUAAGUGACCCCGUUUACUCUUCCGCAUGCUCCAAGUGAGCGGAGAUGAGAAGAUCAUUUGAAACAUGCAGGCCAACCUCACCACAAAAAGAAAAUCCCACAUUCCGUAAAUGGUUGGGAAUGCCUUCUCCUCCGAGCCCUCCUUUCUCUGCGAAAAACCAUAAAACCAUAACCUAUAACGCGACGGCGAUGGCGAUGGAAUAACUAAAACAGAGAACUGUUCUCAGCCGUUUAGUGUUUUUCGUAUUAUUAUUUUUUUUCCUACUUCGGUUUUCAAACGGAUCGAACAAGUUUUUCACACCACUCUAACGCUAACGAAGCGGCAAAGGAAUUCGAGAGUGGAAAGAUGAAGUGCCACCCAACACCCUCACUCCCCGGCACUACAGUUUUACCCGGUAUUGCAAAGGGAUUAACGACGAUACCGGGGAAAAAGGGGGACGCGUUGCUGGUGGGUGCCGGCGAUUGGGCGAAACACUUUCCCCACACCGCUUCACUCCAUUUGUCUCCGCCUCCGAGCGGGCAAAGCAGGGAGGGGACCAUUUUUCGUGCACAGAGCACACUUCCCAUUCAAUUGGAAGUUAUUUAUUAUAUUUGAAACUAACCUCGAACCCACCGUUCCCCUUGGCCUUUCUGUGCUCCUCUCACUGUGAGAGAACACACACACACACGUAUGCACAGAAACACACACUGGUAGACACUUCUGGACGGACGGGUGGAUGCUAGAGUGUCCAGCAAAAAAAAAAAAAAGAAUAAACCGGGACUGAGUGCGAUGGAAAAGCGAUCUACACACCCCAAACACCCUGCCCCGGCGUAGGCGAAGGCUAUUUGACAUUUCGAAGCAAACGCUUCCCGCCCACACGGCACCCAAUGAGGCGAAAACUUAGCUGCCAGGGGGAAACAAUAAAUCAGUUACAGUGCCACCAUACUGCCCGUCCGCGCCCCGGUGAAGCUGGAACACCCGCCUGGAACGCGCGAUGGACAGAUGCGGACGGAGGCGGCCGAUGAGCUGCGCGCAGCGUGGCGAGCGAGGUGAGCUUAGAGGAUAAACCACAAACCACACUCCACGCUACGUUGGCUCUGUGUGUGUGUGUGUGUGUGUGUGUGAGUGCUACCGGGAAAACAACAGGCUGCUGGCACGGGCAAAGCGAAUGGCGCACAGGCAAAGUGAAAAGUGAAACCUUAUGAAGUGGAAAAUGAUUUUCCGAUACGUGUGCUUCAAGUUGUGUGUGUGUGUGUGUGUGUACGGGGGCGUAUUGGUGAUCCCUUUUUUGAGCUCAACGUUUAUGCUGGCCAACGGCCAAACCCAGAUAGGGAUAGCUUUUCGGUAGCGGGCGGUCCGAGAAAACUAGUGAGGAAGGCUGAGUGGCAAUCGAGUGGACGGCAAAAAUGUAUGAAUCAAUUUUCCAAUUCUCCCUUCAACACACACACACACGGAUGCUUCUGAUACGGUUAGGGCAAAAGUGUGCUGGAUGUGUGUGUGUGUGUGUGUGUGUGUGUGUUUGCGAAGGGAUCCGAUGGACCCAAUUCACAAACUUUAGCCAUCUUUUGUUUGUGCGCUUGAGCCGCUUUUGUUUUCACUCCGCGAACAACCCCGAAGGGAGGGGGGGGGAGGAGUGGAGGGGAGAGACCCCCCCCCCCUUACUGUCUACCACUCGCACUAGCCAUGUGUUAGCAUCGAUGUAGAACCAGCGCACAAGCAAGCAUCUUAUCACACGAAGCCCAACAAUGGCAAGGACCUGGAAGCGCCUGCAUGUAUGCAAUCGCUUUCGAAUUGACGCGGAAAGGACUUUCCCUGCUACACGCUCAACUAUGCCAAAUGCAUCGAUCGUCAAAAAAAAAAAAAAGAAAAAAGGUGAAACACACUCACACAUGUUUGGAGCGGUGCUACAUAUUACAGCAAAGUUUUGCUACAUUCCGAGCGGGGAUAUUAGUGAGAUGGGAAGUUUUGGUACCAGUUUUAUUUUGGAAUCAAAACUGCCCUCAAACUUCCCACUUUAGGAUGACAGCCAAUUUUGAAUAUUUAGAUUUUUUUUCUUCUAUCUACUAUAAAUAAACUUGUUUCGGCGGGAGGUGAUGGUCUCGGUAUCCCUAAGGGGAUUAUUUUCCGCCGGGUCAUGUGUCACCCCGGCCUUUUGUUUUGUUCCACCCCCAACGGGACCGGAAAAAGGCGUGAACCGAAUCGAGAGAGGCAUUGAUAAACAAAAAAAAAAAAGCGGGGGAAGCAACAUCGACCAAGCUUAAAUCAAUUCCGCCGUUCGUCCUUUUUGGCAUGUAAAGUAUACUUUUUUUUGUGAUUUCAAAUGCAAAGCUUGCUACACUACAGCAGCACUAAAAUGUUGCUAGUGCAUCGGACAUUAGAGCAGAAGCCCAGUACAGUAACGUUUCACUUCGUAUCACAUAACGUAAAAGUAAUUUAAAAAAGGACUUUGAUAACCAACACAGAGUCUAACAAAGGCUUUCAAAAAAGAUUGAAACAGGCAAAAAGUAUAGCCAAUUUCCAAAUGUUGCCUCAUUGUUGCAAAAAAAGUGAUUUCAAGUACUACCAUUAUGAUAUUGGCUGAUAGCGCCUAAAACCGAUCGAUCAAUUGCGCUUUUUUGCGUGCGUGUAUGCUAUCGCUAUUCCGAUACUGUAGUUGCCUGUAAAUGCCUCUGGUAUGCAAUUUCACCGUAAAAACAAAUGGACUGUGGAAUAGUGAGUUCGAACAAUCGAAAUCAAAAUGGAGACACUUUUGAUGAAACCCGUUCCGCUUGCAUCUCCAUCCCUUCUCUCCCUUAGUCUCUCUCUCUCUGUUGCUGGGUGAUAUGGUGCUCCUAUACUUCACCGCUGUGUUGGAGCAUAGGUCUUUGUGUGUGUUUAGAUCAGAGUUGUCAAAUUGUUGGCCCGCGGUCGCUUGAGCCAAAAUUAUUUUUAUUUUGCAUUUCUGCUUCUCCAGUACAAGUCAGUCAAUUCCGAACGCCUGAAGUUUGAUGAGAUCUUCAACUUCACAAAUUUCUCUUACCAAUUGUUAGACCAUCCAGCGUCAUAAAACCGUUAUCGGUGUUUUGCUCCAUCGGUCGAGCACGCAAUUCCGGACACAUUGUUUGCUGGUCUGGUAAAGCGGUUACAAAAAUACUACAAAUUAUUUUUAUCUCAUAACAAUCGCUUACAUAUGAAUACAUUGUGUUGCUUAAACAAAAAUAUGUGUUGAUUUGAUUUAUUAGUUUCCAACUUUAAACUCACACUUGCUGUGUGUGGUUACCGAACAUUACUGUUUUAUUUUUAAUUUUAAGCAAAUAAUCAGAAAGAGUAAUUGCUGUUAGCAAAGACUUUGAAUGAUUAACAAAAGCGCUCAUCCAACACGACUGCAAAACGAGAUUAAUCAAAUUGCUACUGAGGUGUGGGAUAGCGAAUCAACGCCUUGUGUAGCGUGGAAUUUCGGCAUCAUCUACCCCAUGUACAAGAAGGGAGACAGGUUGGGCUGGACAGGGAUAUCACAGUGUUGACUCCUUCAGGAUCGUCUUGUGCCUCGCGUUGAAGAGACAGACAGAAACUAUCAAAAAAGAUUCCGAAACGGAAAUCGACCACUGAUCAGAUCUUCACCAUGCGGCAGAUCUAGGAGAAGAUGGCAGAAUACAGACGCAACACGUACCAACUCUUCAUUGUUUUCAAAGCUGCAUAUGAUAGCAUAGCCAGGGUAAAACUAUGCGAGGUUAUGAUUCCCGGCCAAACGUUCUUUUGGAUUCCCGAUUAAACAGAUAAGACUAGGACCAACGUCACUUGCCAGGUGGAGAUGGAUGGAAACCUCUCAGGGCCUUUUGCUACCACCAAAGGUCUGCGCUAGCGGGACGGGCUUGCCUGUCCCCUAUUCAACUAGGCGCUAGAGUGGGUUAUCCGUGACUCGAGGGUGGAGACUACGGGAAUCUUCUUUUAUAGAUCAACCCAGAUCCUGGUAUACGCUGAUGAUAUAGACAUCAUUCUUCUGUGGCUCUCCCAUGUAGCAGAAGCCUACCAAGGGAUCGAGCAGGUGGCAGAGAUCCUCGGAUUGCAGAUAAACCAGAAUAAUAAAUAAACCAGGAAUACAGAAAUACAUAUACGUAGGCUUGACGUACAGAUAGGUGAACGCACUGUUGAAGUCGUCCCAGAAUUCGCAUAUUUUGUGUCAAAGUUCAGCAACAACUGCUGGUUGCCAACAGGUUAUUACUACAGCCUAAGAAACAAGUUUGCCCCAAAGAACCUGUCGCAACGGACGAAGCUGGGACUAUACAGCACCUACAUAGUACCGGUACUCACAUACACCUCUGAGUCACGGGCACUGUCCAAAUCUGACGAAACUCUCUUUGUCGCGUUCGAGAGGAAGAUGGUCAGAAAGAUACUUGGCUCCGUAUGUGUGGAAGAACAAUGCAGGAGUCGUUAUAACGACGAGCUAUAUGAGAUGUACGGCGACCUCACUGUGGUGCUUCGUAUCAAGCUCCCCAGGCUCCGGUGGGCUGGCCAUGUUGUACGCAUGGAAACGGACUAUCCAGCCCGUAAACUCUUUUUAGGCCAUCCACAACGGCAGAGGAGGAGUGGUAGGCCCAAAUUGAGGUUGCUUGGAAUUAAGGCCUGGAUAACGGACUGGCAGACGAAAGCGCGAGACCUUGGGCGGUUUCGAGCUUUCCUGAGGCAGGCCAAGAUCGCAAAGCGGUUGUAGCGCUGGAUAAGGGAGUAAGUAAGCUCAUCCAGGUACGAAUGAAAAACUGAAUCUUUUUAGCACAUUAUUUUGGUGAAAAUAUCAGAUCGAACCCCUCUUUAGGGAAUAAACAAGCCUACUUAACUAUUGGCCAUAACUGGCAAUGACUAUUUUUGCGUCCUAAAUCUGGAUAGCUGGCACAAAUUUAAAAAAAAUCAGAGGUCUAUGGCCGAAUGAAAAAAAUCUCCUACAAACGUUUCUUGGAUUUAAUAAUAUAACAAUUUUGCAUUAAAUUUUUUACUACUGCAACGGUCUUGUUAUCUCAAUAUGGACUGAAAGGUACUGCCAGCGGUCCGAUUUUGGUAAAACUAUGUUGCGCGCCUGUACUACUAUUUUAAGCGGCAUUUUGCCCCGCCAAAUGAUCAAAUGUGUUUGACAUCGCUGAUGGCGAUGAUUCAAAAUGUGUUUUUGUCUGCAUUUGCCUUCAUCCGCCGCGUCCCGUUCAACGGCCGGUCCCACUCGAAAUGAGCGCGCGAAACUAAAUUAAAGUUUUUAAUUAACGGCCAACUGGCCGUCUGACUGACAAAAGCGUCCUCGUUUGAUUCAUCGAGCGGUUUUUUUUUCUCUCCUGUUGUUCUUCGUUCUCUUCUUCCGCUGCGUAGUGUUUGUUGCGCGCUCAUUUGCUCGUACAAUUACGCGUACAAGGAGAGAGGCAGGGCGAUAAAAUUGUUGAAUGAAAUGUUUGCAACAAUACUGCACACGGCGCUUAUUUUGGGAAAUGAAUGUACCAACCGAGUCGUGUGAGUAUGUGUGUUUUUUCCCGGUUCCAUUUUUUGCCUCCGCUCGCAUCCCCAAUUACCGAAGGCGCGGUUCCAUCGAACAGGAAAAUGUUUUAAUAUUUCCGAUGAAAAGUGCAUUGCAUUGAUAGGGAGGAAGAAGUGAGGUGGGUGUGUGGUUUUUUCCAUUUUUGCUGUUGUGAUUUUCAUUUUGUGUGUGUGUAUGUGUGAUUGUUACAAUUACGAAAUUGUACUUCACAACCAAUUCCGUGAAUGAGUUGGAAUAUGAGUAGCUUUGCUCUCCAAGCGGUUCUAUUGCUUGUAUUGACGGGUUCAGACGCGAGAGAGGACGGAGGUGAGGAAAACAAAGCAUUAUAAAAAAGGCUCAUUUUCACCAUUUGCCACCCUUAAGGAGAAAUGCUUAAUGAAAUCUAGCAGCGAACAGAAAAUUGACUCGCCCUGUUGUUUGAUUUGUAUGCUUUUGUACCGACGCACCUCUUGAGCUCGGCACGUGCCUUACUACAAACCUUCGAACGGGGUGCUAUUUUUGCUCUGUUCCACCUCUUCUAGCACCUCCACCUCCCUCCCCCCACCCAUUGGGAAAAAUUUAAUUAGUUUGCUUUUGGAAUAAUAAAACACUCCCGCUACCGGGAACUUCCCAGCGGCCAACCUCCUUCCCAUGGGGUCGAUGAUGUAUCAGUCGCACUCCAAAAAUAUAGACAUUAGACGCAUCGUCAACCACGGAACAGGCAAGAUGGUCGGAAGUGAGUGUUCCAUCACCUCUUCCCCCGGCAGAAUGGUACCAGCGUUACGUUUCAAAUCUUUACUGCAGGCAAAAGUCCCUUUUACCACUGUUCAAACAACCCACUCUUGCUCUCCUCUCUUCUAUAUCGUUAAUGUUUAUAGUUAUCCGGGCAAGCAUGUUUUCGACCGCAUGCUUCGACCCAUGAAACGUUAUUGCAACUGCAGGCUGUGCAUUCUGGAGCUUUGGACCGAUACACUUCAUAUAUCAUGCAUUGUGACAAGACGCAAGGAGACGAGCGCGAAACGUUGCUUCACGUCGUCGGCCAUGAAUUUCCUGCUCGUCCGGAUGCAGCUGCUGGCAGGGCACGCAGCAUAGCUUUGCUUUGGCAUACUUUGCAUUUCAGGAGCGUGUGGUUAUUAGUGAUUGAAAGUUAUGGAAUGCUGCUGCUAGUGGCCGAAGGCGUCAUCCAUCAAUUACGUAACGCAAAAAUUGCCAUUUGGCGCAAUGCACUUGAAAUGAUUUAGAGUUUAGAAAACUAUAAAUGUUACGUCAUGGUACAAUGUCUGGUAAUACGUGUAGUAGGAUCAAUCUAAUUAAAGAAAUGUAUAACAAAAUCAAAUAAUAACGAACACUAAAAAAAUAAUAAAACAUUUAAUACCCAUUGGUGGACCAAUCA